CUAUUUUUCUGUUUUAUUCAAAUUAUGCUUUUAUAGUCAAUAUCGACUUUUGAAUAAUCGACUUCAUUUUUAUACAAUGUUGUCAGCAGACGACAGAAAAGAGAAAACACGCAGACUCGCAGUCUUGCCGACAAAGUUACCAUGUGAAUGUUUCAAACAAACAAAACUUUUGAAUCACAGUGAUAUUAAUUUAAGUCUGUCUAUGAGUAAAAUUACGCUUUUAUAGUAAAUAUUUUCUCACUUUUUUCUGUUAUAAAUAGUAAGCUUUAUUGCCUGUCAACAUGAGUACGGCAAUAAGAAGCCACAAGAAAGUCAAACUUCUUCCAAACAGACCAUUAGAUUUCAUUUACGAUCCAGUAUUCACUGUUUCAAAUUCUAAAGACUACUACAACACGGUUAGCGAGUCUAUGAAAUAUGCAACUGAAUUCGUAAUGCAGCCUAACUUUUCAAGUAUGUUCAGUGAGAUCCAGCACUAUCCAAACUCAUCUUUAAUUCUAAAAUCGGCCUAUCCAAUUCCAGAUUUCAUAGAUGCAUCAUUUAAGGGGAAAUCAAGAUCAAUGAGCAAAACAAAGCAGUCUGGACACAUUGAAGUUGACGGGGCAGAUAGGUUCAGAUACUUUCGCAAACCGUGCGAAGUAGGCAAAGAAAUGGUGCCGAAAAAGCCGUCUCUACAAUACAAACUGCUGUUGACGGACUUGAUCGACCCGGGCUCGGCUCUCGGCUGUGACAAGAAGGCGGCCGAUUCAGCUGAUCAGCUGAGUUGGACAGCUGGCACUCGGAAGCUGUCGGCCGGGGCAGGGCGGGGCGUGCAGACAGACUAUCGGGAGACAGAGACGCAGACCAUGCCAUGGACGCCGCCCUAUGUCUUCCACGGCGCCGUCACGCCUGAGAUACUUACGCUCGCCAAUCUCUCCUGGGAUGAAGGCCUUCCAGCUGGCAUCCAUGAGGUGGAAUUGAUCGAACGAGCGCGAAUCAAACGUGAAUGGGAGCACAUUUUGAUGGGCACACUCAAAACUGCCAAAGACAUUGAAACUAGACAGAAAUGUAUCAUCGACAUGGAGACUAAUGAAUGGCUAUUCCGAGAAAAGGAAAUUGAGAAAAUAAAUUCUUAUAGAAUGGAACUUGCAAACAAAUCAAUGAAAGGUCAAAAAACCACUCAAUUCAAUCGGUUAGAUGAAAGGGUCAGAAGACAAAUUAGACGAAAAGAACAGCAAAAGAAUGAACAGCUGAAGAGCUUACAGGAGAAGAAAGAGAGAGGCUUAAUAUUGAUGGAGAACGCUCCAUCGGAUCCAGCACCGGCAUUCAACUUUGUCAAAGCAUCGAAACCAAAAACUUACGGAGCCAUGUGCCAUAAAUUGUGUCGCUGGAGCACUGACGAGGACUUGAAACAACUUCAGAAAGAUCUGCGAAAAAUGAACGUUGUUAUUGGUCACAAGACGCACACUCUCACGAAGAAAGAGAAGGUGAAGCCGUUGCUGCCACCUCUCUUGUGCAUUGAAAUUCCCAUCAAACAGAAUGUUGAACUGCACAAAGCUGCAUCUUUCAUACAGCAGCUGUUGAGAGGUAGAGCUGUCCAAUACAAGGUAUUCCAAGACAGAAAAAGACUGCAACCACUCAUAGAAGAGCUGAAGAAAACUCGCUCACUGUACAAAGAAGAGAAUGAAUUACUCUCUCAGAAAAGAUAUGAAGCACUGGCUCUGAUGAGGAAACAAUUCGUUUUCAAUCGAUUGGCAGGCAGCCGCGACCGGACGGCGAACUCGCUGAACGGGGAGGUGACGGGAGCCCUGCUGGACUUCCUGGCUAAGGAGCUGCAGCGACUGGAGGCCGAGAAGCAGGUGCAUGCGUUUGCCAUGCUCGCCGACAGAGAGCGCUGGCAGCGCGAGGCCAUCGAGGCUGGCCGCCGACAGCGCCACAACUUCAAUCGCCAGCAGCACGACCAAAUGUUUAAAGAGGUAAUGAACAUUCGUAACGAGUCUGUGGACAUAUUUCUGGAAGACAUGUUGGCCAAGUCGAUCAGUUGGUUGGCGGACAGUGAGGCCAGACACUAUGUCAGGAAUGUGGCACAGAAGGUCGAUUUGGCUGCACAGCAGGCGCAUGUCAGGAAAGAUGCCAUUGAACAGGAAGAAAUGGUGACUGAUUUGAUUCACAAUUAUAUUAUGCCAGAUGUUAAAAAAGCUGUAACUCGUCACAAGCUGCAUGAAAACCAGAAGAAGUAUUUGGAAAUCGCCGAUCGAUUUAUCCAGCAGGAACUGUCUCUCAAGAGUUCCUCCUUACUCACUGAAUCUCCGCUGGAAUCUACUCUUGAUGAGAGCAAAAUUACUGAUGAGUCGACAGAUUUAAAUCGAGAAGAUGGUGACAGCAAUAUUUCUGAAGCAUUUUCAAUCAUGGAUGUGUUUAAAACUCACUGUCUACGUCACAGCAAGUCGGAAGAGGCUUAUUAUAGGUUGAAAGCCCAGAAUGAAAUGUUUGCUUCACGUCGGGCUAAACUAUUUGAAUUGGCUGAAGUUGUAAAAGAGGACUUCUUGGAUGAACUGAUAAGUAGAGCGGAGGAGUUAGCUUAUCAGGCGGUUCAUGACAACGACAAGGAAUUCGUUCUGCAGCUCGGCUGUCAGCAAUUCGAAGAUCAAUUUGAAAGUAACAAACAUUUGAAAAUGGCAAAGUUGAUGGUAAUGUCAGACAUCUUGAACGACGAGUUUCUUGACAAUUUGAUUGCUUUGGCAAAAGAAGGGAAACUGAAAACUGAUGGUGAACGAGAAUGGGAAGGGGGAGAAGAAUCUGAUGAAAUAGUAAGGGAAAGAGGAUUGGAAGAGAGUAGAGAAGAAAAUGAACAGAGAAUAGAGGAAGAGGGAAUAUUGCAACGAGAAAAUGGAUCUGAAGAAAUGAGUUUUCAUGAAGAAAGAGAAGAGCAAGACAGCUCUGAAGAGAGAGAAUUGCGAGUAGACUCACUAGUCAGCGAUAACUUUCUUAUGAAUUCAGAUUGACAAUAUUAUUAAAUUAUCAGAAUUUCAAAUUAUUUGAACGAAUUCUGUUUACAGUACCUCUUAGAGUACGUAUGAAGUAUUUACAGUACCUCUUAUGAAUUGAAACUAAAAUUCUGUGUUCAUGUGUGCAAUUAUAAUGUUCUGUUGAUACUACGAGUAUCUUCACUAUGUUUAUUAGUAAUAAGUUUUCUGGAAAUGAGAUUGUAUCAAAGAAUUAGAUUCCCUUGAUUCGAUUAUAUAGAUUAAAUUCUGUUGUUUGUCAAAUGUUUUGCUUGAAAGUUUCAAGUAAUGGGUACAUUAUCAUGAAUAAAUUCUAGUAAUAGUUAUUAUCGUAAUAGAAAUUGUUAUAUUAAUAAAUUUUAUUUUCUAUA